AUGCAUGAGGAAAAAAAUGAAGACAUUUUAUCCAUAAAUUUACCUGCUCUCUUCUCUCUUCCCGAGUUUACUACAUGCACAGAGAAGAGAAUGGCACCAAAGUCAUCAAAACCAUCAAUCGUGUGGCAAGUCUACGUGCACAAACUUCGCGCGUGGGCGCCUCCAAUUUCGGUAAAACUGGAGGAUUUAGAAAACUCAGAAGAAGGCGCUUCAUUUAUUCCAGCUCGACCGCAUUUGAUAUUAGUCGUGGAUACUUCGACUGGGAAGUUUCUGACCUCGAAAGAAGACGAGAACGGGAAAGGUGAAGAUGUGAACAUCGUGAGAGGUCCUGAACCGCCCUCGAACGAAUACAUCGUCGAGUACAUCGAGAAGAUUCUCAAGAAUCCGAAAGUGUUGAACGAGAGAGACGGCGAAGAAGAGGAAGAAAAAGAAUCGAAGACAAAGAAGAUUGAGAAACCAACGAAAAUAGUAUUCGCGUGCACAAAAACGGCCACAAAUACGGAUACGAGCGACGAAGAAUCGUGUUCGUACGUUAAAGGAACGCGAAAUUUAUUGAAGAAGUUAGAUAUUCAAACCGGAUUCGCGUCUGUGCCGAGGGAGAUAAUAGAAAAAAUUAUUCGCGAACAGAUUGAACCGAACAUGAACCCGCCGGCGGAGGAAUGGUCGACGGAGCACUUGCCGGGAUUGAUGGAAUCCGUGGAUGGGUUUACGCCUAAGUUUGGUUUGAGCUUGUUCGCGGCUGCAAUUCAGUAUUUGAGCGCAGUGACGCAACACGGAGAGAAGCUCGAGAAGAUUAAAUUUUUCAACAUCGAGUACGGGUUGAGACUCGACGAAAAUAACAAAGCCACGCUCAGCUGCUGCGUAACAAUUGAUCACUCAAACUGUACUUUAACCGUGUAUAAAAACGAAGCCGAGGCGAAGAAAAUCAUAGAAGAGUUGGAGAAAGAAGAAGGCGAAGAAGUUGAUAUGACGAAAAAAUCGUUGCAGAACUGUCUGUUUUUAGGAGAAGAGCUCUCGCCGUUCGAGGAUAUCGACGCGAAGGAAAAGUACGAUUGGCCAUGCGCGGCAUCUGCUGGAGAGGAUACAAGUGGCGAGGAAGUUAAGGAAAGGGAUAUGUAUCCCGUCUUUACGAAAAUGGAUUUCGAAGAGGAUGGUACACUUACCAUUCGCCGUCCGCAACUCGUAGAACUCCAAAUGUUUGAGGUAGCUUUGAAUGCCAUAUCGGCUUCUCUUUUAAACCCAGAUCAAAAUAAGAUCGGCAUCCAGAUGACUUCAUACGCGAUGAAAGGAGAACCGACGGAGGUUAAAGCUUUUAUUGAGGCUAGAGAUGGUACUGACAGCGGUGGUGUAACUGCGGCGGAAAACAUUAGCGAAAAAGUUGGCAAGCUCGAUAUAGCGUGA